ACGGUGGCGGGUUAUGUGAAGUUAAAAUCGACAAAGUUUUACGCGGUCAACUGAGUUAGUGCCAUUUUUAACUUAACGUCUUUGUUCUUUAUAAUUAUAAUUUGUGAAUGAAGUGCGUUGAUCCGUAUUCAGUGGUAUAAUUGGCUUGUGGUGAUGUACACAAGUUACCAAGUUAACGGUAUUGCUUUGUGAACUUUAGUGGUGUCAGAAUUUUGAGACACACCUACAGAUGCAAGAAGCCUGUUUUUGUGGCACAGAAUCCGGAUGCCGCAAAGUCAUGUGUGAUUUUUAAGUGAUCGCAUUAUACUAUCGACGAGUAUGGCCCGGUGGCAUUGCGUCGUUCUGUUUGCGACGUUAUGCAUAUGGACAGGAUCAUCAAACAAGCUGCCGGGGUUUGCGGGUGACGUUGACAACUUAGCGCUAUCAGAGAGUACCCCAGUCGGUCAAGUUGUACACACGCUAAAUGGAACCGAUCCAGAAGGUUUGCCGGUAAAAUACGAUCUUGUUGGUACGAACAAGUUCUCAGUGAAUUCGGAUACUGGUGAGAUCACCUUGAUACAGCCAUUGGAUAGAGAAAGAGAAGACACUAUAAAGUUCCUAGUUUCAGUACAAGACCAGGACCCCGAAGGCGUUCUCAACCUGACGCACAGUCAGCCAAUGACUGUUAUUGUCCUAGAUGAGAAUGAUAACCCGCCGAUAUUUAAAAAUAGUCCAUAUGAAGUGGAUGUAGCAGAAGACGAGGAUGUAGGUAAGACAAUCCUCACCAACAUAGAAGUGGAAGAUCGAGACUCUGUUGGAGAUAGUCUGGAAGUCGGCUGUAUACCUAGUGAACAGUGGCCACAAGCAUGUGAGGUGUUUGAAGUGAUGAGCUUGCACUCAACUGCGAACCAGUACACCGGUGCGUUGGUUCUUAAGAAGAAGCUCGACUAUAAUCAGAACCAGUUCUAUCAAUUCCAGUUGUACGCUACUGACGGUACACUGAACUCCACCGCACCAGUGGAGGUGAAGGUGGUGGACGUACAGAACUCCCCGCCCGUGUUCAGCGGCGCACUGAGCGGCGCGCUGGCGGAGGACGCGGCUGUGGGCACUGUGGCGCUGACUGUACGCGCGCGGGACGCAGACCGCGCUCAGCCCAGGGACGUCAAACUGGACCUCAUCACUAAUCCUCUGGACUUCUUCUGGCUGGACAGCAGCACUGGCGAGCUGAAGACCGCCAGGCCUUUGGAUAGAGAGGCCCUCGCCGAUCCUAAUUCACCUUUAAAUCUCACCGUUCGGGCGACAGAACUAGUCAACGGUAUUCCUGUGGUGAGCAACAUAACAUCGACGUUGGCAACAGUGACGGUCACCAUACGGGAUGUUAACGAUGAGCCGCCGCGGUUCAACCGCCGCGAGUACCACGUGGAUAUACCUGAGAGUCUGCCCGUGGGUACACCGCUACCUAACUUGGAUAUGGUGGUCACUGAUACAGAUCUCGGAUCAAACUCUGUGUUCUCUCUGCGACUGUCGGAUGAAAUGGGCGCGUUUGUUGUGGAGCCUCCGACGGCCACGGGGAGCGCCACCGUCACUCUCAGACUCAACACCAGCCUUGACUACGAAGAUCCCAACCAGAGGAAGUUUAUACUCGAGGUGAUAGCAGAAGAAGUACAUACAUCUCCGAAGCUGUCGUCAAAGGCGAGUGUGACAGUGUCCCUUUGGGAUGUAAAUGAUAAUGCUCCUCGCUUCCCGGACGAGCCGCACGCCGCCAGUGUGCCAGAAGCUGCUCCCCCUGGCACACGUGUCACAGCACUCCGGGCCACAGACAGGGAUACUGGAAGAUAUGGUACUGAGGGUAUUGUGUACGAGCUAUCGGGCAACGGGGCGGAGCUGUUCCGAGUUGACAGCCGCAGCGGUGUCAUCUCUGUGGCGGAGUGUGCCACACCUGGCACACCACCUUGUCUGGACUACGAGACACGGAAGGAUUACUUCUUACAGUAUAAAGCGACAGACGAGGACGGCAGCGGACAGACGACGGUGACGUCACUGCAGCUGUCUCUCUCCGACUCCAAUGACAACGCGCCUGUCUUCCUCACUCCUGUAUACAAAGCAUCAAUAGACGAAGAUGCUGUCAAGUUUGAACCUGAACUGCAGGUGCAAGCUCGAGAUGUGGAUGUAUCAUCAGAUAUUCGUUACUCUAUCAUUUACCCUCCGAGAAAUCCCUUCUGGAUCGACCCACAGUCGGGCAAGAUUGCUGUGAGGGGGGAAAUCGCGUCCGUCAACUCUACUGACAACAACCUCAUCAUACUCACUGUACUGGCGACAGAUGGCGUGCACAACACAACGUGUAGUGUGGAGGUGACAGUUCGUGACGUCAACAACCACGCCCCCGCAUUUGACACUGACAAGUACGACGCUGACGUCACUGAAGAUGCACCCAUUGGUACGGAGGUAGCGGUAGUGCAUGCUACCGAUUUAGACAGCGGUAUCAAUUCGCAGUUUACAUACGCGGUGCAGAAGGGGGCGCUGGACUCGUUCUCUCUGCACCCACACAGUGGCGUACUCACAGUCGCUGCUAAACUAGACUAUGAUAAGAGGAACACAUAUAGGAUACAAAUCAUAGCUACUGAUAUGGGUAUCCCAAGUCAAACUGGCACUACUGAGUUAACAAUCCAUGUGAUCAACGUGAACGAUAAAAAGCCUAUCUUCACACCCAGCGUGCAAAGAGCCGAAGUGUCAGCGGACGCGGAGAUCGGUACGGUUCUACAUAAACUGGUCGCUGUUGACCCCGAUAUCACAGACCUUAAUCAGCUGCUGUUUGAAGUAUCACAUGAGAUGCCCAUAAGAGCUGUUGAUAUCAAUGGAAAUGAGGUGAUGGAUGUGGGGGCGCUAGUGUCGUGGUUCUCAGUACGUAGUGACGGCGAGGUGUCUGUGGCGGGAGUUCUACGUCGCAAUAUGGCGGCCGUAGUUACUCUGCCUGUACAAGUCACUGACGCCUCUGCACCUUCGUUGCAGCGAUCUUAUGGUGAAUUAAUAAUAACUAUAGUGGAUGUGAACCGGUACGCGCCUGUGUUCACGGAGCCUGCGUACUUGGAGUCAGUGCUGGAGGAGCAGCCUGUGGGCACUGUGCUCAACACUUACACCGCUACUGACAGGGAGACCCCCAUCGCCGGUAUACUUAUAUACCCCCCCUCACCAUACUUCCACAUUGAUAAUGUUACUGGCGUAGUGAAGAUCGCGCAACGUAUCGAUUACGAGCAAGUGAAGCAUUUGAACUUCACUCUGGUGGCAUAUGACUCCGGAGUGCCACAACGCUCUACAUCAGCUUCUGUGUCAAUUGAUGUUGUCAACGUGAAUGAUGAGGAGCCUGUUUUCGCUGCUGCCGAGUAUGACGCAGCUGUACUGGAGAAUUCUGACGCUGGAACAAGUGUACUGACUGUCAUUGCUGUUGAUAAAGAUGAAGGUGAAUUCGGUGAAGUUACCUACAAUAUAUCUGGUGAAUUAUCCAACUUGUUCACAAUCGACACAAACACUGGCAUGAUAUCGAUAGCAGAGGGCGCUGUUAUCGAUAGAGAGAACAUCACUGACAUCUACCUGCGUGCGGUGGCAACAGACAAUGCUCCGCCACAGAUUAGAAAAACUACUAGCGUUCCUGUUCAUAUUAAAGUGGUAGAUGAGAACGACAACGCGCCAGUGUUCACUCAGAAGGUAUACAAGAGCACUAUCGCUGAGAACCUGCAGCUGGAGCCACCUGCCGCCAUCCUGCAGGUGCUGGCUGAGGAUAGAGAUGAAGGUGACAACGGGAAGGUCCAGUACAGCAUUGAGGAGCAGAGCGAGCCUGAUACAUUUAGAGUGGAACCUAACAACGGAAUCAUUUACCCGGCGAAGGCAGUACGUGGUAACGUCACCUACCAGGUGACAGUACGCGCGGACGACGGGCGGUACACGGCGCGAGCCCGCGUACACAUCGCGGUGCUCAGCGUCAACCGACACAGCCCAGUGUUCAUACAUCCACCACCAGACCAGCGCCAGAUAGAGAUACCAGAGAACGCAGCUCAAGCAGACUACUUAAUAACAACAAUAAAAGCAACAGACGCUGACAGCGGAGAUAAUGGCCGCGUGUCUUAUUACCUGAAAGUUGACAACCGCAAUGUUCGCGACACACCAGAGUUCAGUUUGGAUACUGACACGGGAGAACUCAGAACCAAAACUUUCCUGGAUAGAGAGCAUAAGGCUGAAUAUCAGUUGGUGAUAGCUGCAGUAGACAAUGGUACUCCAGCACAGUUCGAAAGUCUUCGUCUGCUGACGGUUGUGUUGUCUGAUGAAGAUGACAACACGCCACGCUUCACCCAAAGACAUUACCAACUCACCCUCGCUGAGAAUCUACCCCCCGGGAUUAUAGUCGGAUCAGUAAAAGCAAUCGACAAAGAUUCCGGUGAUAACGGCAAGGUAUAUUAUCAUAUCCUGGAGGGCAACCGCGAAGGUGCCUUCAUACUGGACAGGACCCAGGGCAUCCUCAGAGCUAACACUUCCUUCGACAGAGAAAAGCAAGAUGAAUACACAAUGACAAUAUACGCGAGCAACAAUCCGAUACUUGAGCACGCGGCGGCCAUCUUGAAUUCCAUAGACAACAGCACUGACAGCCAAGAUGGCAGUGUUGCCACUGUCGGUGUUACCAUACUCGAUGAGAACGACAACGAACCGAAAUUCGGACAAGAAGUUUAUUACGCGGGUAUAAAGCAGACGGCGCGCAUCAACGAGCCCAUCAUCUCAGUGGCGGCGGUGGACCCGGAUCUUCGUGAGAACGGCACCGUGCUGUACGUGGUGGCAGCAUCACAUCUCUACAAGUUCGGAGCUGCACACUCUAGUGGUAGCGUCGUGCCUUCACCCUUCAAUAUCACACAGGACGGAGUUCUGAUGACCGCAGCCUUCAUGUCUGAGUACAACCAGGACAGGUUCGUGCUGGAUGUGAUGGCUCAGGAGCUGGCUCCACCACACCGCCGCGCCACUGCCAAGGUCUAUCUGUGGAUAAUAGAGCGGUCGUCUCUGAUCCGGCUGGUAGUGUCGAGGAGUUGUGCAGCGAGUGCAGGCGGAGUGCGGGAGCGGCUGCAGGCUGCGGGCGGGGCGCUGCUGGUGCCGGGCCGAAGACUGCCGCUGGUGCAGGCUGACAGGCUCCAUGAUGACUGGUGUGAGAUCCACUUACACGCGGUAGACCCAGCAACGUACGAGGUGCUACCUGUGGAGCGAGUACUGCAAGCCAUCGAUGGCAAGUACGACCAGCUGAAGGACGUGUACCAGGAGUUCGGUGUGGAGACGCUGGUGGCCGCCAGCGCGGCCGCACAGCCGGAUACCUUCGACCCUGCCCUCGCAGCACUCAUAGCUCUCCUCAUUGUGCUGUUCACUGGCAUUGUCACCUUCGUGGUGGUAUGCGCUUGUCUUAAACAUUGGGUGAUACCUCCGCCGUCGCUGCAGUCCAGCAAAGGUGACAGCUUGGCAAGGCGGAGGAUUCUUGAAGAGUUGAGCACUACGGAGAACCCGCUGUGGCUGGAGACCAAGCUGCGGCCCUACGAGGAGCAGGAGCUCACCAUGAAUGUGUUCGGAGACCAGCCCGAAGCUGCCGCGGAACAGCCGCAGACUGACAACACAUACGCCACUAUACAAGGCAGCAGAGCGACAGAACGGUUUGGAGACUACGCUACAUUGGGCGGGGACUCGCCCACGCCGCUAGAGGCCGCACUUGGCUUCCAGGGCAGUACAUUCAAGCCGCCUUCACCAGACACGCCGGAGCCUCCGCCCCGGCCCUCCGCCCUCGGCCCGCUCUCACUCUCAUAAAUCGUCGACGUCACUAACUAGGUGUACAGAAAAAUGAACUAUAAUAAUUAUGUAAAUAUAGGUCAUAAUGCAAUGUGCAUGUUGACGAAGUAUUAUUUAACGGACGUCAGAUUUUUUAAAGAGAUAUCAAGUGAAAUUUUUAAAUUUUAGUUUU